GAGGAUCCCUACACGCAAACAGCGGGAGACUUAUGCCUUGGGCAUCGUUUCUCUCUUUCCUAGCCUGAGAGACCCUUUUUCCACAAAAGGCUAUGUAAGAAUCAUUUGUCUUGAUGUACUCGUAUAACACAAUCUUGUUAGACAUGAUAUAUUUAUCUAUAAAAUGUGACUUACUGACUGUUCAGAUUUAACCUAAAUCUAUUUUCUUGUCUUUUUGACAGGAACAUUUCUACGAUCCAGAAAAGGGAACAGGGUACGUCUCCUGGCGCAUAAAAACUUUGUCGAGAAAGAACCCAAAACGUGCUCGCUUAGAGAUGUCUGAAAGUGGAGGACCAAGUCGGCGAAGAAUGACGGACGUUGGGCAGCAGCUUGAAGGAGAUGCAUGCAGGGAGGCAAUUUCCUUCCUUGUCCACGCAGCUGAUGAAGCUGAAGUUAUGCAGAAGAUGAAGCAAACUUUUAAGCAUAGACAAGAACUGGUACACAAUCCUGAAAGAUCAGCUGAUGUCCUCAAUAUAUUUCGAAGAUUUCUGGAUGUGGAAGGAUUGAUAAAUCAGGACUUUGCUCUGCUGUUCAAUUCCGAAACAUCCAACAAGUUGCUUGAGAGGGGGGAGACUGCAUUUAAGCAGAAGAUAAUCAAUGAAGGCCAAUCUCUUACUUCAACAGCAGAAAUUCAGAGUCUUAUCAGUGCAGCAGAGGGACAAGGACCUGAAAAUGGUUGGCCUGAUUUGAGAGGAUAUCUUUCAAAUUUUCUCUGGUUUCUUGCUAUUUUAAAUGCUAAAUGUUUGUUUUCUUUUUUUUAUUCCAAAUUCCUAGAUUGGGACAGUGACAUGUCAUCUGUCCUUCUCCUGUUGCAUCUCCUGCCUCCUCCCCCAGGGAAGAAGAAGACUAAGAUCAGCUCGACAGAGGCUGUUGAGAGACUUGUGAAUUUCCAUAAGUUCUUCAUUUGUGUUCUAAUAAAUAUUGAAGGUGAGCGAGUUGGAAUCUGACCCUCAACUCAAGUCAAGACACGGCCUCAAAAGAAACUCAACACUCAAUAGUCUGCAAUAUUUUCAUGUGUGCCACAACUACUCUCUAGAUGUGAUGCACGACCUCCUGGAAGGAGUUGUGAUGCACAACCUCCUGGAAGGAGUUGUUCAAUUUGAAAUUAAACUAUUGUUCGAGUAUCUUUCAGAAAAUUUGAAAAACAUGAGGUUUGAGGCGAAGCAUAAGGUUUUUAAGAAUACACUAAAAAAUUUCAAAAACAUUACCAAAUCUUUAGCAAAAAGUCAUCAGAUGUCAUUAGGCUAUCUUUGGAAAACAACACCAUUGAGUCAAGUGGAGUGUGGACCAAUGAAAACAUUCUGUUGGGAUGAUGUGAAUGAUGGUGAAAAGUUGUCAGGAAUGCUGCACAAUCCCAUACAGUCAAGCAUGCAUUCCAUCAACUGGGUGAAAAUAGAUGGGACAGAAUACAGACAAGACCUGAUUUUAUGCAGUGAAAUUGAGGAUGAAAUUCCUGUUUUCAGUCAGAUUCGGAAAAUACUUUUAAUUGACAGCACUGUGUAUUUUAUUCUUAACAAACUUUUGACAGAACAAUUUUCAGAGCAUCACCAUGCAUUUAAAGUACAGAGAUACUGUGAAUUGAGUGAACUUGUUACAGCAACCAGUUUGAGGUUCUACAGGCCUUUUGAUCUGCGGAGGUCAUAUGGGUCAGAUGAUGGCGAAUAUAUUGUACCCUCGUUUGUGAUGGUUUCAUUUUUGUUAAAUAAAAGUUAAAACUGA